AUGCGCUCUUUCAUCUACCUGACUGUCUCCGCUCUUGCGGCUGUUGCUACCGCUAACAGCAACGCGAACCCCUUUGAGAUCCCUCCCAAUGGAUACAGCUUCUCCGUUGGCGAGGCCACCACCCUGAAGUGGGAUCCUACUACUAGCGGCACCGUUUCGCUGCGCCUGCAGCAAGGUGCCGUGACCACUUCCUAUGACGGCACUGCCAUUGCCUCGGACAUUGACAAUGAUGGAAGCUACACUUGGACUGUCCCUGACGACGUGAACACCGAGUGGUACACUAUCGAGAUUAUCUCGGAUGAGGACACGAGCGACUACAACUUCCUGCCUCGCUUCACCGUCGCCGGAGCUACUGCCGCGGUCUCUACCACCGCUGCCGCAACCACCACUUCGGUCUCUUCGACUACCACUUCCGACCGCACCCCCGCCUCAUCCUCGCAGACCUCCGUGCCCUUCACUAACAGCGGACUCGUCAACCGUGUCUCCGGUGGCAUGAUGCUCCUUGUCGCUGGCGCCUUUGCCUUCCUGUAA